GAUCAUCGAAACUUCACCCUUUCCUAUCACUAUCUAUGCCCCCUUCGUUGCAAUUCGUAUAUACCACCAGUAUGACUGGGUCUCCGAAGAAAUGUCUACUUAUUUAUACUCACUCACCUUCUCCUUUGCAUUUUUUUCUGGUGUCAUUUCUUCACCGGCAGGAUUUACAUAAUCUUUGUUGGUUUUUUCUGGGUCUUUCUCUUUAUUCAUCAUCGUUCAUCCGAGGCUUAUCCCAAAUUGUUUGAGUUGUCUCUUCACUCAGAAAGGUGAGAACAAUGAGCCAGGUUAAGUUGGAUAGAAAUCCUUCAAUUUUGUCAUGUUUUCCGGAGAGAUUCUCUGUCGCAGGUGUCCAAAAUAGUCCACAGAGCUCCAGUAAUGGUUCAUAUUUGCAUGACCUCUCUCGCCCGAUGACAUUUGUUCCACAAAUUCCUGUUGAUAAACAUCUUGUAAUGAAGCAUCAAAUGUUACCCCGUAGAACUUCCUCCUUCGGGGCGAUGCCCUUGCCCUCUCCUCCUACUGAUCGCAAAAGCAGCACUAUUGCAGCACCACCUGUGGCUGUGGAUAUUCCUAACAAAUUUGAAUCUGGCCCCCUUCCGGUUCCACCACCACCAUUACCCAGUUUUCUGACUGUUAGAAACAAAACUACCUCACGACUUACCUUGUAUGCCCCUUUAUACCAAGCUGCGAUGAAAGGCGAUUGGGAAAAGGCUAACGAGUUUCUAAGAUCACAUCCAGGUGCAGUCAAUGUAAGAAUAACCAAGGAGAUGGACACAGUUCUUCAUAUUGCCGCUGGGGCCAAACAAACCAAGUUUGUAGAGGAGGUGGUAAAAAGAAUGAGUAUAGCGGAUUUAGCACUAAGGAACAAGUACAACAAUACAGCAUUGUGUUAUGCUGCAGCAUCAGGAGUCACCAAAAUGGCAGAGAUGAUGGUGAGCAAGAACGGAGAACUUCUAGGGAUAAGAAAUAACAAGGGAGUGACACCUCUUUAUAUUGCAGCAUUAUUUGGACAUAGAGAUAUGGUCUGGUAUCUGUACUCUGUUAUUUCGGAUGUAGAUUUCACUAAGGAGGACUCUGUUGGGCUGCUUUUUGCUACCAUCAAGACCGAUUUGUUCGAUGUGGCCCUGAGCAUAAUUCAAAAACAACCCGAACUGGCCAUUCAUCGAGAUUCAAAUGGGGAGACACCACUUCAUUUCUUAGCUCGAAAGCCUUCAGUCUUUGCCAGCAAAAGUGGGCUUGGUGCUUGGCAAAGAUUCAUUUACCCAUGGAUAUAUGCAGAAGUGCCGACUAACUCUCACUGUCCUGAAAGCAUCUUCCAGUUGCACAAUUGCCAGCCCAACCAAGCAGCUAUAAGCUUAGUUGGGAAACUUUUCCGUGCAAUACAAGUUAUAGUUCCAGGAACUAAAGUGCUUUCUGAGAAGAAGUUGAUGCACAUACAAGCUCUCGGACUGGUGAAACUAUUAUGGGAACAAGUUUUGUUAUUGGAUGACGCCCAAGUUACUGAAAUAAUUACAAGCCCUUCAAACCCAUUAUUUACUGCAGCAGAGUUGGGAAUUCUUGAGUUCAUUACUGAGCUCAUACCCUCUUAUCCUGGUUUAAUAUGGAAAGUUAAUGAGCAAAGCCAAAGCAUUUUUCACAUUGCGGUUUUGCAACGCCAAGAGAAGGUAUUUAACCUCAUUCAUGAGAUAGGAGCACAUAAGGAUAUGAUUACUUCCUACAAAGGUAUCAACAAUCACAACAUAUUGCAUUUGGCUGGAAAGUUAGCUCCUAUGGAUCGACUCAAUAUUGUCUCUGGUGCAGCACUUCAAAUGCAACGAGAAUUAUUGUGGUUCAAGGAAGUGGAAAAAACCGUGCAACCGCUGCUGAAGGAGAUAAGAGACAAAAAUGGAAAAACACCACGGAUGUUGUUCAAAGAAGAACACAGAGAUUUAGUCAAAGAAGGAGAAAAAUGGAUGAAGAGUACUGCAUCGUCAUGUAUGCUCGUCGCCACACUCAUUACCACUGUAAUGUUUGCUGCCAUUUUCACUGUACCAGGUGGCAAUGACGACAACAAAGGCACCCCAAUCUUUGUAUCGUCAAAUUCUUUCCUUGUGUUUGCAAUUGCCGAUGCAUUCGCGCUAUUCUCUUCGGUGACCUCCAUACUAAUGUUUUUGUCCAUUCUUACAUCACGGUACGCUGAAGAAGAUUUCCUGGAAACCCUGCCAAAAAGAUUGGUAGUAGGCCUUGUAAGCCUAUUCUGUUCUAUAGUUGCCAUGCUUGCAGCAUUUGCUGCAACCUUUUUUAUUGUGCUUGGACAACAAUUGGCAUGGAUUGCUGUUCCCGUUGCUCUGAUUUCUUUCAUCCCUGUAACUCUAUUUGCCUUUUUACAAUUCCCACUUCUUGCUGAUACAAUCAAUUCUACAUACGGGGCCGGCAUUUUCGCCCGUAAAAGUACUGGGAUGCUGUAUUAGCAUAAAUUAUUUUUUUCCAAUUUGUUUACAAAUUUGGAGAGCAAUUCUAACAACAAUGGUGUGGAUCUGGAUGGCGUUUUCAAUGUAGAAGGAAAUAAACUUGCCUCUCUGAAGCUGCUACGCGGUACUGGUUUGAAGAGUCGGUAUUAUACUCUUACAUUUAACCUAAGUAAAUAGCAUAUUUACCAUAAAAUUCACUUCUUUGCCUAAACCCUAUGUUACAUGAUCGUUAUUUUAUCUCGCAGAAGCCAAUCCUCACCUCGCAAGAAAGUGUAACAGAAACCAAAAACGAGGAUUAGAAAGAAAAAAUGAAUCUUCAUUUCUGGUUACUACUUUGGUUUGCAGGUUUAAGAACCAAAAACAUCAGAUAGAGGAGGCAAUAACACUGAAGAACAGAGGACUCUGCAGCUUUCAUGCCAAGAAACAACUCCACAAAUUCUGAGGAGAAGAAGUCCCUGAUUAAGAACGUCGAGCAGGCGUAAUUGGGAAUUCUUGACAAACCUUAAACCUCUAUCAUUGUUGGCCAUGUUAGAACUUAGAACUUUUUUUGGGUUCUGAAAAGAGAAUCCAAGUAAUGAGCAUAAACGGUUUGAAGAAAUGCUUUAAUGAGGAUGAUAUAAGACAAAUUAACACGAGAAUGAUAUAAGACAAUGAGUCAAUGACAUGACAUUCAUAGACUAUAUGUUGUAUGUAUUCAUUGGUUUCUGUAUACAUGUGUUUUGGCUGUUCAUACCAAGUAAUAUAGAUUGUGUUCAUUAGAGCAGAAAUGCAGUUUUUUUUUUAUUUAUUAUUUAUUUUGGGUUGUCUAAAGUUGUUGGUUGGGCAGAGGAGAAUAUUAAAUGGGAAAACAAAGGCUGGUAUUAAGACUGCCUCACAUUUUAUGCUCUCUCUGUUUCGUAAUUCGAUCAGACUCCAAGCUACGCACUCAUUCACUUCUCAGAGAAGGAAGAGUCUUUAGGUAGUUCCUUUAUUGUCCAAACCCAGUUCAUCUUUCUUAUCAGUUUACGCACUCAUUCAUCUAACAUUGAUUGAUUCCAUGGUUAAAGGGGUACCAGAAACACCUGGAAGUGGAGACAGCUGCCGUGAAAUCGAACGAACACAGCUUCUUUGGCAGGAUGCACAGAGAAGGUGUCGACGGAGCUGAAAAGUAUUCAGUCCGAGAUAGUGCACGGCAAAGGGACCUCUACCUUAUCCAAUACAGUAGAGAACCCAUAUUGGCAAUGGAGUAAGAAUCCCGUGAGUGGUAUGGGAAGUAAGUCUUGAAGGCAUUCUAACUCAUGAUCUGGUCAUGGGUUCAACUUUCCUAACCCAACUUGCACAAGUUGACUUUGAGGUUAGGUGUUGUGUUGAAGUUUCUUCACCAUUUACACAAGUCCUUUUAAAAUACCAGUAAAGGAGAUGUUGUACGUCAGAACUUUGGAAUAAACCCAAGAUCAGGAAAAAUCCAUGAAUGGAUCUCUCUCUCUCAUCUCUUGCAAUUAUAACCAGUAUUGAAUCAUAAUUAAUGAUCUAUUCAAUUCAAUACAACUAUAGAAUUUUUGUCCAA